UACUCAGUUAUUUGAGUGUCACGCAGAUGCAGAUGGAUAUCACUCUGGGUCAUUAUGAAUAGCAUUAUAAGGCGCAGUUACUUCGCUCAACAAUGUUCAAUUGUUUACAUACAGCUCGUCAGAUUUAGCCUGCUCAGCAGAUCCGUUUCGUUGUAACAUUAGUCACAUAGUGAUAGCGAUACGAGCGAAAGCAGCUGGCAAGAAAAGGCUCGUGCAGAAAAGCGCUUGUGCUGGUGUGGAGGUGCAGUGAUGGUGGAGGAUGGGACCGUCAUGAGGGGACGGGUAAUGGUGUACUCCGUGCCAGGCUGUCCACACUGCAUACAGGCCAAAGCUACUCUGAGUACGCUAGGUGUGCCUGUGUGUGAUGUGGAUGUGAACAAGCACAGAGAAUUAACAGCACGAUUGAAGGAGCUCACAGGUCACAGUGUCGUACAACAGAUAUUCUUCAAUAACCUGUAUGUGGGAAACAACGAGGACCUCCAGAACCUGGAUCCUGAGAGGCUGGAACGUCUCGUCCUGUCAGUAAGAGAGGAACCCGUGCCGCUGGAUGCUCCGCCUGUACCUGGGGAAAAUAGCUUUGACUCUGAUGGUGAGGUUGAUGGAGUUUAUACAGUUCAGAAGUUUGGAGUGGCACUUCCUGAUGUUGAGCCUCUCAUUCAUUUUGCACUGAACUGUGGUGCAAAGGGCUGCCCUCCAAUUAAGACAUACACACCACAGGACAUUGACAGUCAGUUGCGUGCUGCAGCAGAAGCGUUCCUGGAGAAUGACGACAGCUGCGUGAUUGACAGCGUGGGACGAGAAGUGAAACUCAGCCAGAUCUUCAAGUGGUACAAGGCAGAUUUUGGAGGCACCGAUGAGAAGCUGCUGAACUGGGUGUUUGACCAUAUGGGAGCAUCACAGAAGAAGAGGACUCUACAGGCUCUGCUGUCAGAAGGAAAGGUCAAAGUGAGCUAUCUGCCCUAUAACUGGUCUAUAAACAGCACAGACUGAACUAAACCACAUUCUCAUGCACAUGAUCACUCUAUCACUCAUUUAUUGUGGGUACACAUUAAGCCGAGACAAGCGAUUCAAAUCAAAACUGUACGCUGAAACUAUGCAUUUUGAUCCCUUUACCUUGUUCUUCCACCUCCCAAAGGGCAAUGUGAUACUGUAGCCUAAUAUUUCUAAUGAAAUUUUAUACCUAUAAUUUUCCAAAUUGUAUUGCAGUGUUUUGCACUGAUUGUUAUGCAGUUACAUGUUUUAAAUAUUCUCAUGCAAGGAUGUCUUUAAUUUAUCUGCAUUAUUAUAUGUAUUGUACUGUAUAUAUAUGUUGAUUUAUUUUUAACAUUUAGUUAAUAUAUUUCAGCAACACUAUGAAAAGCAAAAAAAAUUACAUGGAGCGUAACGAAACAUACUUUGCACAGAUUUGACUAUCGUGCAAAUUUCUUGUAAUUUACACUUUCGAAAAACCUCAAGGAAAAAUUAUAUUUAAUUUAUAUAUACACA